AACAUUGCUAGGGCUAAAACCAAUAUAACCCUAGAACACUCUUGUACGUAAAAAUUACGUAUAAUUGCGCAAAGUCGCUAAUUCCUCUUAAACGCGUCAAGUCUCCCACUCCAACUGCUACCCAGUGCCUGGAGUAGGCUAUCGGUAAUAUUUUUCGCCAGUUCUAAUAAAAGUGUUGUCUAAGAAGGUGCUAGCGUGUCUCGAUUCCUGAGGUUUCACACGUAAAUUUUACGUGUUAAGAGGCUUAACCAAUAAAUAAAAGUAAGUUAAUUUGACGUGUCAAGAGUUUUAUCGUACAUUUUGUUCUUAUAAAAUGAGUAAAAAGCCGCUAACGGAUGCCGAACUUGAACGGUUGCUAUACGAGAGUAGUGAUAGUGAGGAGGAAGAUCAUAUUGAGCUGGAUAGAGCUGGAAAUAAUAGCGAUUCUGAUGAUAGCUUUGUGAUCCCGAUUAUGUUCCCGAUGUAGAAAAUGUGGAGGAUGACGUGGAAAAGAGUUUCAAAAAGUAUACAUGGAUAAAUAAAAAAGAGUACUACUGUGCCUGCAAAAAAGCGAAGACUACUAUCGGAUGCCCCUAGUACACAAGGAGAAGGGUCAUCUAGUAUGGGUUUUGAAGGGGAAAUUGCUGUUGAUACUGAGACAAUGAUACAACCAGACCAUGCGCAGAGAGGGGAGCCCUCCAGUACGAAUUUUAGUGAGGAUACCGCUAUUGAUCUAGAGCAUAUUAUAGUUCCAGAUGGAAAUGGAGAUACUCUUAGGGGUAAAAAUGGAUAUCGUUGGAAAACCAGUACGCCACAUGCAAUCGGUAAAACACCUACAAUCAACGUUGUCCAUGUAAGGCCUGGUCCUAAGGCUGAAGUCAGAGGUAUUUUAGAACCUUUGCGUGCAUUUGAAAUAUUUUUCACCCAUUCGAUGCUAACUAAAAUAGUGACAUAUACAAAUCAAGAAAUAAACCGAAAAAACAAAAAUUAUCAUGACGCUUCCCAAAGGAUAUCUGAAACCAAUCUAGAUGAACUGAAGGCGCUCUUGGGACUUUAUAUACUCGCUGCAGUACUGAAGGACAAUCACUUCAUUGAAUAUUAAUAUUGCGUCAUUGAAUAUUAUGUUUGAUACAUCUUUUUCCGGGGCCAGAUACAGGGCAACGAUGAGCAAAUUUCGAUUUGAAUUUUUGACUGCAUGUCUUCGGUUCGACGAUAAGACAACUAGGGCUAAAAGGAAAGAAAUUUAUGGGAGGAAUUUAUUAACCAUUGUAAAACAAACUACAAGCCCAGUUCAUAUGUAACAAUUGAUGAGCAGCUAGUGGGUUUUAGGGGAAAAUGUCAGUUUCGCAUGUAUAUACCUAAUAAACCGGCUAAGUACGGGUUGGGUUUGUUAUGCGAUGUCGCUACCAAGUAUUUGAUCAAUGCUGAACCGUAUUUAGGCAAAUCUACCCAAACAAAUGGCCUGCCUCUAGCCGAUCACUUUGUAACUAGUUUAACAGCUCCAAUUCAUGGUACUAACCGCAACGUGACCAUGGAUAACUGGUUCACGAAUAUUCCUUUGGCAGAAAAAUUACUAAAAAGACCAUAUAAUUUAACAAUACUUGGUACAAUCCGUAAGAAUAAGCCACACAUUCCACCAGAAUUAUUGGAAAAUAAUAAGCAACGUCAGAUCAACACGUCUAUGUACGCAUACAGUGAAACUUGCACCUUAGUGUCCUAUAAACCUAAAAAUAAUAAAAUAGUGAAUCUGCUAUCAACAAUGCAUAAAAACGGAACAGUAAACAUAAAUACAAAAAAGCCCGAAAUGAUAAUGUCAUAUAAUUCCACGAAGGGCGCAGUCGACACGUUUGACCAAAUGUGUCAAAAUAUGUGUGCGAACCGCAAAACCAAAAGAUGGCCAAUGUGCAUAUUUUAUAAUAUGAUCAAUAUUGCUUGCAUCAAUGCGUAUGUUAUUUAUUCGCAUAACAUUUUUGCCCAAGGUGGAAAACCCUUACCAAGACAGCAGUUUAUGAUGGAGCUUCACAAAAAACGGACAGAAUCUCACCAGACAAGUCGCUUAGAAAAUACGAAACUAAAUCGUGAAUUAAAAAAAAUAAUUUCAGGGGUCUUGAAAAAAGAAGAUGCUCCCGAAUUCGUAACAGAAAACCAAAAAGGCCCAAGGAAGUAUUGCUCAGUUUGUCCCAUAACAAUUAAACGCAUGACGACCACUUAUUGCCCGAAAUGCAAAAAACCUAUUUGUGAAGAGCACCAAAUCAAGCAGUGUCAAAACUGUUAUUAAAAAUGUUAUUAAUUUAAAAUAAGUUUUUUUUUUGUUUAUUUCUGUUUACUAAAAAUAAUUUGUUAACUUACCACUGUUCUUUGAUUUUUUAAUUCAAUAUACGUAAAUUUUACGUGUUAAGAGUAUUAAGCGUUUAAUUAUGUACGAGAGUGUUCUAGGGUUAAAAGAUUCUGACAAUUUACAACAUGAAAUAAAUGCAUUAUCAAGUUGUGAAAGUGAUGAAGAUUCAAGCGAUAAUUCAUCAGGUAGUAAUUCUAACAGCAAAACUUCUUUCGAUUUCAAAUUAAAUUUUGAAUAUCAAACACUUUUUCCUCAUUCUCAAAUAUAUGCUAGAAAUGAUAAAAGCGAAAAGAACAACAAAAGACGAAUAUUACGAGUAAGAGAGUACAUCGUAUUUAUCAGGAAGGAAUGGACCCAUAUAUUACAUAAAAAAAUUGAAUUGAUAUUACGCCAGAACAAUAUAUUUUGUGUUUUUGCAUUUAAACGUGGGAAAGUUACUUUGAAUGGAAAAUAUUUUGCACAUUUUUACGGACACUGCACUCAAUGUUGUUCCAAGCUCUUUGGCUACAUAGAAGAUGAGCCAGAAACAAACAAUGAAAAUGUCAGUGUUAAUUUCCAAUUAAACGGAGAAAGAUUUUGCACAACGAAUAACCAUAAGCGUCAUUUAAGUCGUAAAUCUAGGCAUGAG